UACUGGCAGCUUAAUAAAAGCUGGAUGGAAAAUUUUCCUGCUCACAUGUACCUCAGGUCCAAGCCUAGCAGACAGCACUUUCUUCUCUCCCAACCAACACAGACACAAUGAUGAAAUUAAGGACUUUGAUUUUCACGUCUGUUAUGCUCCCGUGGAUCCUGUCCUCUGCAGCAAAGGAUGAAUACAUGGAAGCAAGAAAACCUAAGAAGGAUGAGGUAAUCUUCCCAGACUAUGGCAUCCCUCAAGACUCAGACAGUGACCCAGCAGCAGCCCCAAAAGCUGAAGAAUUGCCGACAUGUCUACUGUGUGUCUGCCUCAGUGGAUCUGUUUACUGUGAGGAGGUGUCCCCUGAAAUGUCAGCUGUCCCAGCACUGCCGAAGGAAACAGCGUAUCUUUAUGCACGUUUCAACAAAAUCACAAAAAUAAGCAACAAUGACUUUGCAGACAUGGUCACAUUAAAAAGAAUUGACCUAACUGGGAAUCUCAUCGGUGUGAUAGAAGAUGGAGCUUUUUCAAGACUUCCCAAUCUGGAGGAGCUCACCCUUGCGGAAAACAGGCUGACGAAGCUUCCCCCACUUCCCACCAAUCUAGUAUCACUCAAUGCCAACUUCAACAAGCUGUCAACCCAGGGCGUAAAGGGGAAUGCUUUUAAAAGAGCUGUCCUGCUGCAGAAACUCACAAGACUGGAGUACCUUUACCUCGGAAACAAUGAUCUGACAGCGGUGCCCCAACUUCCAGAGUCUCUUUGCACUGUGCACCUGCAUAACAACAAGAUCGCAAAAAUAACAGAUGAGACGUUCUGCAAAGGAAACACCAGUUACUACAUCCGAACCAACAUGGAUGAGGUGAGACUGGAUGGGAACCCUGUCAUGCUGUCAAAGUACCCCAACAGCUUCAUCUGUCUGCAGUUUCUCCCUAUCGGAUGGUACAACUGAAACAACCAAAGCAUGCUUCUUUUUUUUGACAAAUGUAAACCUUCAGGGGAAGUUCUGUGUAAACUGAGCGAGUGUAAGAUGCAGAUACAGAUGGUAAAAAAAUCUCAAAAUAUAGUUCAUAAGUUACAUUUUUAUAUACUCAAUAAAUCAGUUGUACAGUUCGAGUCUUUAAACGUUUCAGCAGUGAAUCUCAUACAGCUUAACUGUUUUUUAUAAUCAGAUAAAAUUUACAGCACAGCGAGAUUUAGCCAAGGGAGAAAAAAGAGCUUGUGGUUUUUGUUUCUUAUCGGUGCUAUCUGCCAAGAUUAAAGACAUCUGUGCGGAAUCAUCCAAGAUAUCUUUAAAUACAGAGACACUUUUUUGUCAUUUUUCUGUUUUGUUACAGUUUGGCUCAGAGUUUUUUUUUGUCUAUGUAGGUGCUAAGCAGUGUCUUAGACCCAAAUAAAUAGUGAGAACUUGGUAUGGUUAUUAUGAAGAAAUGACACUGCCAUUUUCAGCCUUGAUCUCACACCAGUGCUAUUAUUACUGCUAAUGUUUAUUAAGCUGAAGACCAUAUUAACAAUAAAACCUGCAUGUUGGAAGUGAUUUCUCCAUCAGACUUUCAUACUUUACUCCUCAAAAAUGUUCAAAAUUGUGACACUGUUGUAACUGAAUAGCACAUUGUUAGGUCCAUUCCAGCUGGAAACUAUCAAGACGGGAAGCGUCCAAGAAUGUGUCCUUAGACGA